AUGUGCCAGAUCUGCGCCGUCAAGGACAUCGUCACCAAGGACCGCUGGCCAAAACCUCUCGAGACGCAAAAGAAAGACAUCACCUUCCUCAUCGACACGAUCCACGAUGAGUUCCAGAGCUAUCAGAAGCUGAAGCACAAUUCGGCCUCAUCCCCGCCACCGGACAGCUUGCUGGAUCUGCUUCGCAUGCUGUCUCAGCAGUUCGACGUCCUCGAAGCCGAUCGCGAGGCUUGGUGGUCUUCGCCGAAGAAGAGGGCUCUGCGGCAGCGGCUCGAGCAGGAGUGUGAUCAGAGGAAGUUGUCGGAUCUUCAUAAGAUCAACAACACGGCUACGUCGAGCAUCGAGGCGCUGAGUGCGAAGCUGGGUCAAUUCACGAAGUGGAGUCUGGGGAUGAAGGGUGGUAUGUGGGAGUUGGAGAAUGCCAGCAAGGUCACCAGCGCAGUCAAGACAGAGUAG